UUGUUCUAAAGAGUAUACGCAAUUUUUACAUGUCCCAACAGGUCCAUAUUAUUAGUGUUCUGUGGUCCCAACCGUCAUUUGGUUAGUAUCAUAGACCUAAUAUUUGAUAUUAGGUCUAUGGUACAUUUCGUGUUCUGUGAUGGUUAGUAUUUAUUUAGUGUUCUGUGGUUAGUACCUUUCUAUUCUGUAGGAUUCCUCUAUUCUGUGGCUGAGGUGUACCGAUUUCAGUUUUCAUUGUUUCUGCUUCUUGAUUGAUUGGUCUGAUGAGGUGAAAAUUUGAAAAUAACUGGUCGAAAAAUAUAUCUCAAACAAUAUGAACAUUGAAAAGAAAAUCGAAACUUGUGUUAAGGAAUUUACUCAGGUUCCUGAAGAUGAAAAAGGCAGUCAUGAAACUAGUAAUUUCAAAACUGAAGAUUUAGAUAUUAAGGAGGAAUUUAUCGAUGAAAAUCAAGUUCAUGAGAGACUAUCAUUUAGAAAUGAAAAUGAUGAUGAUAUUAGUAGCUCAUUCGAAAACAAUGUUCAUAUUGCACUUGAAACAGAGGAUAAAUUAGAAGAAAGAGUCAAUUUCAAAUACACAUUUAAAAAUAGUGAAGAUGAUUUUGAAAAAUCAUUGGAUAGAAAUCAAAUUUGUAAUAUCCUUAUGGUACACCAAAAUGAUGCAUUGAAAAAUGACGAAAGUGAUGUUCUAGACCAUAAAAUGAAAAAAUUGCUGGAACAAACUGAAGAUAGAGGAAAUUUUGAACAUUUCACAAAACAAGUUUUUGACCAGGAUAUUGGUGAUUUACAACAAAGCAACUGUUCUCAUGAUGAGUUUGGGUCGAACAAAAAAUGCUCUUUGCAUUUAGGUUGUGUCAAUUCAUGUUCGAACAAUCUUAAUUGUGAUUCAAGUGAUCAUACUAAAAAUCAAAAACUUAAUUCAAAAGAAUAUAUGUGUCAAUUUUGUGAUUAUACUUCAAAUAAGAGUUUUCAUCUGAAAGUGCACACCGAAUCUGUUCAUUUAAAUUUGAAAAAAUAUAAAUGUGAAUCAUGUGGAUAUGCUACAAGUCAAAAAUGCCAUCUAAAGAAACAUAUAGAUUCUGUUCAUUUGAAUUUGAAAUCAUAUAAGUGUGACUAUUGUGAUUUUCGAACAAAUUUGAAAAUUGGUCUCAAAUCACAUUUUGAGAGUAUCCAUUCAAAUUCAAAGCAACAUAAGUGUGACUUAUGUGAUUUUGCCACUAAUCAUAUAUAUCGUUUGAAAUCACAUCUGAAUACUGUUCAUUCGAAUUUUAAGAAACAUGAAUGCCAUUUAUGUGAUUUCGCCACAAAUCACAAAUAUGCACUAAAAUCUCAUAUAAAUUGUGUUCAUUUGAAUUUGAAGCAACAUAAAUGCGAUUUAUGUGAUUUUUCUUGUAAUCACAAAUCUAUGCUCAAACUUCAUAUAAAUUCAAUUCAUUUUAAGCCAAAGAUGCAUAAGUGCAACCUAUGUGAUUAUGUUACUCUUCAAAAAUCUCAUAUCAAAAUACAUAUAGAGUCGGUUCAUGCCAAUUUGAAAAAAUAUAAGUGUGAUUUGUGUGAUUUUGCUGCUAAUCAAAAAUCUAAUCUCACAGCACAUGUAAAUUCUGUUCAUUUUCAUUUCAAUAUUCAUUUGAAGUCGAAGCAACAUAAGUGUCAGUUAUGCGAUUAUGCUUCACAUCAGAAGAAAUCCCUUGACAGGCAUGUGACUUCGGUGCAUUUGAACUUGAAACAACAUAAAUGCCACUUAUGUGAUUUUGCUUCAAAUCAAAAAUUUAAUCUCAAGUUACAUAUAGAUACUGUUCACUUGAAUUUGAAAAAACAUAAGUGUCAGUUAUGUAAUUAUGCUUCAAAUCAGCUUAAAUAUCUCAGAAAACAUACAGCUUCGGUUCAUUCAGAUUCAAAAUAAUGUGAUUCUGCUUUCAGUAAAGAUUCACAUCUCAAAAAUCAUAUCAAUUGCGUACACUUGAAAUUAAAUCAAUAUAAAUAUCAUAUGUGCGAGAUAUGCUUCAUAUUAGAAAAAAAUCUUUUGGAAGACGUGCCUUCAGUUCAAUUGAACUUCAAACAACGUAAGUGCCACUUAUGUGAUUUUGCUUCAAAUCGAAAAUAAUCUUGUUGCAUAUAGAUACUGUUCACUUGAAUUGAAGAAAUAUAAGAGUCAGUUAUGCAAUGAUUUUGCUUCAAAUUAGCACAAAUCUCACAUUCAGCUUAUCUUCAUUGGAAUUGUAAAUGAAUUUUGUGUGAUAAUGUCUUGAUUGGAAUUGAGCUUUAAACCAUUAAUGAUACCAUACUUAAUUCGAUUAUAAAAUAAGUACUCAGUAGCCUUACCCUUGUUUGUAAAAAACAUACCUGCCAGCGUUCAAUAAGGUGCCUGCUAUUUCGUUUGUUUGUCAUCUUGGGUAGAAUUAUGCGGUACUGAUGAUCCCUAAUAAGGGUAUCGCUAUUCUCCCCUGAUGACACACAUUCUCUUUGGGUUGCUUUCGAUUAUGAUUCCUACGUGGUGGCGUGGAGACCUUCUGUCUGACAAUGGUUAUGUUGAAGGCAGUUUUCUAUUGCUAAUACAUCAACCAGAUAAAUAGUUAAUAUAUCGUAUGAUAUUAUUACUUACUCUAUUGGAAAUUGUACUGAAUUUUGUACUUAUUUAUCUUUUCAUACCUGCAUGUACUUGUAUGUAGUUGCAAACUUCUUUGUUUAAAAGAUUCAACUCAAAAAUGAAAGUUGGUGUCAAUUUCUGACUUAUGUAAACUUUAUUUAUCAAUAAAAUUUCAAGAUAAAA